UUUUGUACAGCCAAAGGCAAAGGUUGAACUAAAAAAAUGCGCUGCUUGCUGCUGCUGAUAAGUGCGCUGCUCUUAAUACAGAGCAGCCUGGCUGAGAACAAGGUAUCCUGCAAGGACGAACAUGGCGUUGAUGUAGAUUGGUGGUACAUUUAUAAGCUGCCCAAGCAUUAUGCUAAUGUAAAUGCCAAGCCUGGACAGGAUGUAACAGGACAACGCUAUUUGUAUGUAACCAGCGCUAGUUACGAUCAAUGGACGCUUUCGGGACGUCGCAUGGGCGACUCCAACUCCAUGGUGGCUUCCACUCUAAAUCCUUUGUAUACAGAUGAGCAGCAUGUGCUGCUGGCUGCUUACAACGAUGAGUUUCCCAAUGGCACAGUGUCCAGCACUGGUGGACAUGCUAAGGGCGUAGUUGCUACCGAUGGCGUCACUGGUGUUUGGCUGGUGCAUUCUGUGCCCAAGUUUCCAACUGUGCCGCAGUACAGUUAUCCCACCUCGGGUGAGCAAUAUGGUCAAAGUUUGCUCUGCAUGACACUCGAUGUAGCGGGCGUGGAGAAAGUGGGUGAACUGCUGGUGUACAAUGAGCCACAUUUCUACUACGAGCGCAAUCCGCUGCUUAAGGCAAGCGAACUGUUUCCCAGUUUGCAGCGUGCGCUGAAGCGUCAAUGGCGCACUGAAUCACCCUAUCAAAAGGAAAUCGAAGUGCACACCUUGGAUGGCAAGCAAUUCCGCAUGUUUGGCAAAAGUCCACGCGCCAACAUCGAACUGUACCAGGAUAUGGUUGCUCCAGCGCUCAAUGUUAAUCUCUUUGUGGAGGCUUGGCGUGAUGGUGCUGGCAAUUUGCCUGAUAGCUGCGAUAAGUCCACCAAGGUGUUCAAUGUGCAGGACAUUGCUAAUCCCGAGUAUUUGGUGGACUUUAAGACCACCGCUGAUCAUUCCAAGUGGGCUGUCUCUGAGGAAACGGGCAUUAAGCUGCAUCGCUGGCGUAUUGGUGGCGGCGAUUGGAUUUGCAUUGGCGACAUCAAUCGCCAGCAGUCACAGCAACAUCGCGGCGGCGGCACCGUUUGCCACAAAAGCUCGCGCGUCUCUGAUCUCUAUCGCAAGCUGGUGGCUAACUUUGAAAAAUGCGCCUAAUGAAAUCAUAAAUAAAAUUGCAUAAACGAA